AUGCAUAAGGAGAGCGUCGUGAACACUGUUUCAGCGGGUAUCUCGCUUCUUGAGGACUUUGCCCUCUGUGCCCACGUGUCGACCAACUACAUCACCCGGCUCUCAGCAUCUUCUAUGAACGCAUCGUUAUCGCUAGAGACAAUGGAGGGCUUGGAAGUAGUCGCCAGCAGCCUUGUAAAAGUUAACAUCACCCUUGGGGACAUGUCCACCUACCAACAGAUCGCAGGUACGCCGCUAAUAUUACCUUUUAAUUCUCGCCUCACUGGAUACUGGAUGGUGCUCAUCCACGGUCUAGUCGCUUUGGCAGUGUUGUAUACGUGGGACUUCCUCCUUACCAUAUCAGACGAGAAUUAUGUGGGUUACGCUGAUCCCAUCAUGAUGAUGAUCACUACCGUUGUUUACUUGCUUGACUUUCAGACGCCCGGUUUCAAGCUUCCCAAAAUCCUAUACUUCUUUGUACGCAAAAUCCUGUCAACCGCUACGUUUCCCUGCUUUUGGGGGCUCUACAAGUCUAUUGUGUGGUACUUGUUAGUGGGAAUACCCGAAAGGGUAGUUACGUGCUCUGUGACGGCCUUGUAUGCGAUGACCAUAUUAUUCUGUUCUUCUGCGGCUGCUGUUUCCAUUGUUUUCACUAAAACGUCGGAACGGCAGCUUGGAGUAUGUCCCUUUUAUACGAUCAAGCUUUCUGUCACGGAACGGGUAUACGGCUAUAGCACCAGCGUACCGAUGGUGAUGACCGCUAUUGUGUUUAUGGUAUUAUUCAGCUAUAAGGCUAUAAGACCAUAA